CCGAGUCCGAACCGUUAACUUCUUUCUUCUUCGUCUUCCUUUUCGCCUCCCUUUCUUCUUCGACUUCCUUCUGACCUCGUUCUCUGUAGGAGAGUAAUCGAUGGCUUCAGAAUUCCCGGAUAUAGAGCCGUCCCAAUUCGACCUCAUUGUCGUUGGCACCGGCCUCCCGGAAUCCAUCCUCGCCGCUGCUGCCUCUGUCGCCGGAAAAUCUGUCCUCCAUCUCGACCCUGCUCCGUUUUAUGGCUCCCACUAUGCCUCCCUCCCAAUCGACGACUUUACUUCCUUCCUCAAUUCCCACCAAGAGACUUCUUCUACACUGAAUGAGUCACCGUCGGCCGACGAAGAGAGCGCAUUCCUCACGGUGGGUCUGCAGAAGCGGCCGCUAUACUCCUCCGUGGAGAUCUCCUCUGGCGAUAUUGGUUCUCUUGGCCGACCCAGAAGCUUCAACCUGGACCUCUCCGGCCCUAGACUUUUGUUCUGCGCAGACUCAAUGGUGGACAUGAUCCUGAGGUCCUCGGCUAGCCACCAUCUCGAGUUCAAGAGCGUUGAAGCGAACUGCAUUUGGGUCGGGGGAGAAUUGAAGCCGGUGCCCGACUCGAGAGCGGCCAUCUUUCAGGAUCGUAGUCUGGGGUUGAUGGUGAAGAACCGGUUGAUGAAUUUCUUCAAGCUCGUACGUGGUCAUUUUGAUUCUGAAGGGGGAGAGAGGAUUUCGGACGAAGAUAUGGAGAAGCCGUUUGUCCAAUUCUUGACCGAGCAAGGACUGCCCGACAACGUCAAAUGUAUUAUUUUGUACGCAAUAGCGAUGGUGGACUAUGAUCAAGACAAUGCGGAGGCACAGAAUCUGAUCAAGACCAAAGAUGGGAUAGAGAAUUUGGCUCUCUAUAACGCGUCCAGUGGCAGAUUUUCCAACACAGUGGGGUCAUUUAUCUAUCCACUCUAUGGCCAGGGAGAGCUGCCUCAGUCAUUUUGUCGAUGUGCAGCAGUUAAAGGUGCUAUUUAUAUUCUUCGUAUGCCAGUGAUGGAGAUAAUCUGCGACAAGGAAAGCAGGCACUACAAGGGCAUCAAGAUAGCAUCAGGACAGAAAUUGUUGAGCAACCAUCUUGUCCUGGAUCCUUCAUUUACAGAUCCUGCAUCAGCCUUCAAUUCUCCCUCAUACGGGCAAAAUAAUGAGAACCAAAGAUCAUAUGUGGAAGUGGUUGAUGGUGUUCAAUGUAUCAAGCAGAAAGUUGCUCGAGCAGUCUGUGUAACAAGCAAGUCGCUGCAGUCAGAUUUAUCAAAUGUCCUUCUGGUUAUUCCUCCGAAAUCCUUAUACCCAGAGCAGCAGGUGUGCAUUCGAGCACUUCAGUUAGGUAGUAACUUAUCUGUUUGUCCACCAGACCUUUUUAUUGUAUACAUUUCAAUGUUAUGUGAUGAGGCUAGACAAGGAAAAAAUGCAAUAUCUGCAGCCAUGAAUGCACUUUUCAUGCUUCCUGUUUCUGAGAGUGCUGAGAAUGAUACAUCACUACAAAGUGAAAGCAGUGAGUCCAAAGAGAAGCCAAAACUUUUAUGGCAUGCAAUACAUGUUCAAGAGCUAACACAGCAUAAAUUGACUGAAGGUAUUGUCUCAUGCCCCAUGCCCGAUGGCAAACUGGACUACAGAGAUAUUCUACAAUCAACAAGAGAGCUUUUUCAGAAGAUGUAUCCAGAUGAUGAAUUUUUUCCAGAGGUGGCAGCUACAGAAAAUGUGGAGGAUGAUUGAAAGUGCUGAAUUGGGAACGGGAAAUGUCUUCAACAAAAGAAAACGUGUGCCUUUAAUUUCAGAUUUUGCAGAUCUUUAACAGGUUCUACAUUGCUUGUCGCUCCUGUGGAAUUUGCUGAUCUACUGACUCAUGCUUUGUUAUUUAGGCCCUAUAGAUUGGCUGGAAGGUUAUUUCUUCAUGUAUCUAUAUAGUUUUUCAUGAUUUUCAAAAUUUGUUGUUCUUUAAGAUGUUGCCCGAACAAAACGUUGACCGUGAGCCUGACUUACUUUGUCAGGGAUGGCAAACAAUUUAUAGAGUUUCUUGCGGUAUUGGACAAUUUUCUUGUACAUCACAUGAAAUCCAAAGCCUAUUUUCUUUACAUCAUCUCAGGAAUAGGCAUCAUUGGAGCUCAACGGUCCUACGCUUCUUUUUUACAAGAUGCCCAUGCAGUGGCUAAAACUUUGAGUGUCUUCGGAGAAUUUAUUGCAUGUAAUGUAACUGAGUGGCUAUUGUAUGUAAAAUCUUUCCUUUCA